AUGCAGAUCUUCCUUCUUGGCCUUGACAACACCACGCACACGCUCGACGUGGAUGCUUCCACUACCCUCUCUGCUAUUAAGGUGAGCUCUUGAUUUUUGAAUGGUGCGAAAUUACUCACAACAUAUCUUCAGGGAGUGAUCGGAGCCGGAGAAGACUUCUCCAUCUCGUACGGAUCCAAGAUCCUCAGCGAGGAGCUCACUCUCGGAGAAUGCCAAAUCGAGAACCUCUCGACCCUCUCCGUCAACGGAAGACUUCUCGGAGGUAAUAAUUGUUGAUUUAGUUACCGGUACAAAUUAAAUUGUUCAGGAAAGGUCCACGGAUCCCUCGCUCGUGCCGGAAAGGUCCGUGCCCAGACCCCAAAGGUUGACAAGCAGGACAAGAAGAAGAAGAAGCGCGGACGUUCAUUCCGUCGCAUUCAGUACACCCGUCGCUUCGUCAACGUUGCCUCCGGACCAGGAAAGAAGCGCGGACCAAACUCGAACUCCUAA